CCACAGGGCCGGGACACGGCUUCCCGCGGCAGACCUUUCGGCUUCCCUUUUGCCUACCGUGGCUCCAGUCGCGGCUCUGCGAGGUGGGGCGCAGGUGUCUUGUGCGCCGGGGAGAGGGGCAGUCGAAUCUACUGUUGGCACACUCUCUGCUGCACGACUUGCUGCGCAGUGACGGUUGGGCCGACUUUGUUUAGUAAAACAUGAAGUCCCUUUCGACAUAUCCGUUUGGAGAACAGCUGUUUAUGUGACAAUACUUCCAUUUACCGUUACCAUUUUGAGAUCCUUCAACUGGCGUUUUUACCUCUCUAAAAUCAGCUUUCCCGCCAAGUUUAGGUUUUGUGGGCAAAGUUUACGUAAGAUGGAAGAUUUUCGAGGGAUUGCGGAAGAGUCAUUUCCAAGUUUUUUAACCAAUUCAUUACUUGGUAAUAGUGAAAUGUUGGAAAAUGUCACUUUGUCUUCAAAUCUUGGCCUGCCUGUUGCUGUUUCAACACUUGCUAGAAAUAGACCUAGCACUGAUAACAGGUAUCCUGAUAUUCAGGCAUCUUACUUGGUAGAAGGGAGGUUUUCCGUUCCAUCAGAGUCAUCUCCCAGUAGCCAGAGCGAUGCUGAACCAAGAGAGAGGUUACAGCUUAGUUUCCAGGAUGAUGAUUCUAUUUCUAGGAAAAACAACUAUUUGGAAAGUCAACAUUUAUCAAAUGCAUUCAUGAAACAGUCAGCUUUUCAAAGUGAUAUAGCAAGAACAGAAGUGGAGCAAGCUAAAACUACAAAACCCUUUCAGGGCUGCGAUCUUUUUGAUAGGGUUUCACCAAUGGAACAAGUACAAGAUUCAACUAUUGAUUGUUGUUUAAAAUCACGGAUGGAUAAUAAGGAACACAAGAUUGUUGUGCCCGAUGCUGGGAAACAGUUUGAAGACAGGACUCUGACCACUGACUUAAGCCAUACUAGUUUAUUAGAAAAUGAGAAACUUAUGUCGUUGGCAAGCUUGGAAGAUUCUUCUGAUGAUGAUAUUGAUGAUGAUGAGUUUUAUGAUGAUCAUUUGGAGGCUUAUUUUGAACAACUGGCAAUUCCAGGAAUGAUAUAUGAAGACCUAGAAGGAGAGGACUCUUCAGAAAAAGAUUUUAAGUUACCUAUAAAUGAUCCUAUUCAGACAAAUGAAAACAGAAGCUUAAGCUGUAGAUUUCGAUCAGAAAAUAAUAGCUCUCUGAUUUCCAAUGACUCACACUCUUUGGGAAAUUCUGAAAUGACACACAAACAGUCUGAGAAAGGCCAUGCUUUUCUACCUGGAACUAGUAAUUCUAUAGGCACUGGAGAUAGUAGAAGGCAUGUAGAUGGUGUGUUACCAUCUUCCUCUAGUACCUGGGGAAUUGAGAAAGAGUGGGUAGAUACUUCUAAGGGUACUGUUCUAGAUAAAAGCCAAGAAAGCUCAAAAGAAGAUAUUCUGGCAAAGACUCUCAAGGCUACUAGUGCAAAUCUUAACCCUGUUUAUUUUUAUGACAUGAAUGCUGAUAAAAGUGGUUUUGACCAGACUGACUCAAUAAAACAGGAAACAGAGUCUUCUCACCAAAAUAAGGAUUUGACAUCAGAAUCAGAAAUAGCUUCGCACAUGGAUGGAUAUUUAGACACUGAGAUGCCUACAAUGCCCAUUCAAAAAAAUGUGGACAUGGCAUCUUUGAAGCCUACUAAUGAUAAUGGAAUUAACUCUGCUGAUAUUCUUUGGUCGCCAACUUGUGAAAGGCGAACAUGUGAAUGUUACGAAUCCAGUGAAAAGAGUAAAGAGCAAACGGAUCUCCCACAGAAUGUGGUCUAUCAAAACGAGGAGGGCAAAUGGGUCACUGAUCUGGCCUAUUAUACAUCUUUUAAUAAUGAACAAGAUUCAAAUGUGCCCCUAAAUGAUGAGAUGAAUGAAGUGUUCAGAUCUGGUUCUGAAGCAUUGGAUUUGAUUGCACAAGAUGAAGAAGAAUUUAAUAAAGAACAUCGAUUCAUACAGGAAGAAAACAUAGAUGCUCAGAACACUUCAGUUGCAAUAGGGGAUACGUCUUGGGGAGCUUCAUUUAAUUACAAUCUGUUGAGGAAAUCACUUAGCACAUCAGAUUUGGAUAAAGAUGAUGCCAGUUAUUUGCGUCUGUCUUUAGGAGAGUUCUUUGCCCAAAGAUCUGAAGCUCUUGGUUCCCUUGGUGGUGGUCACAAUGUGAAAAGACCAUCGUUUGGUUAUUUUAUUAGAUCACCUGAGAAGAGAGAACCUGUUGCCUUAAUAAGGAAAUCUGAUGUGUCAAGAAGUAAUUCAGAAAAAGAAAUGGCUCAUCUUAACCAUGAUCUGUUUUCAGGAGACUUAAAUGAACAAUCCCAGACACAACUAAGUGAAGGAUCAGUUACACUUCAGGUUGAAGCCUUGGAGAGCACUUCACAAGUGGAUGAAAGUGAAGUGACAUUAACUGCCAAUAAAAGCAAAACUGAGGUAGCUCAGGCUUUUCAUGAAGGAAAUGAUACUUUCUUCAUGAACAGCAAAUUCCAAAGAUCCGAGGACGAGCCUCCUGAUGGAGAGUCUGUGCUGAGGAUAAGCACUAUUGCUUCAGCCAUCGCAGAGGCAUCCGUCAGUGCUGCUCCUUCCCAGCUUGCUACCAUGCUCAAGGCACUUUCAAAUAAAACCAGAGACAAGACUUUUCGGGGAGAUGAUAAACAGAAGGGUUGUCCCAUUGUGUCUCAUUUCUUCGUUAAUGAUUUAGAACAAAGUAAUGGAUCCAAUGCAUUUGAUAUGGAAAAAUACCUAAAAAAAACCGAAGUUAGUAGAUACGAAGGUGGAUUGGUAAACUUUUCAAGAACUGGUAUGUCUGAUAUUUGGGAUUUAUCUUUACCAAAUGAACAAACUACCCAGGACAACCACACAGAGGAUUUAGGGACAACCAGUACAAGUGUAAUGGACCAAAAAGAAAAUAUAGUAGCUAGUUUUUCUGGUGAAAAUGGAGACAGUGAAAACCAGGAAUCAUUUAAAACAAACAACUCUUCAGAUUCAGUUCUUAGAGAUAUAAGAGAGAAUGAGGAUGCAGAAGGUGUGAAGACAUAUCCCACUGACAGCAAAUUACCAGAUAUUGGUUAUAGUGAAAAAGCUACCUUAAUUUCCACUUCAGCAUCUAAUAGUUGUUCAUCAGUAAGAAACCCCAGAGUAGCAUCCCUUUGGCUGUUAGAGGAGGGUGAAGAAGCACAAGAUGAGAGAGAACACCAGAGGCAAAUUGAGUACGUCACUGAAACAAGCGGUAGCGAGAAGCAUGUGACUUUUGAAAAGCAUUGUGUGGUUUUACCUAAAACUGUUGAUUUGGAAGAUACCUCCCUUGAGCAUGAUGGACAUGGCUCAGAGGAUAACCAGGAGAGCUUCAGACCUUCCACCUCACCACUGAGCCAUUCUUCUCCUAGUGAAGUUUCUGGAACAAGUAUAUCAGGGUGUGCUUCAGAGCCUUUGGGUUCCACAGCUGAUCCCAAGAAGCCACCAUAUGACAGUGAAUCGUCCCAGCUGGCACAUUCACGUGCUAGUUUGAGCAGGCUGACUUACGUGUCUGAACAAGAGAGCACCUAUCCUGCCACAGCAACAGAUUAUGACCCAGAGGACCGCAAGAGUGGUAUUACCAGUGAGUUGAGCACCACAAUUAUUCAAGCCAGUCCAGCUCCGUUGGAGGAACAGGCUGUGGAAAAGUUGAGAGACAAAGUUCUGUUUCAAAGUAGAGGAACAUUAUCAUGUAUUCUCCAGAACGACUCUGAUAUGAAAACUGUGACUGAAACUACCUCUCUGAGUAGCAAACCCGAAGAUGUAAUACCUAAGUUUAAAUUGAGUACAGAUUCUUCCUCAAAAAGUCAAGAUCCGUUAGAGAGCAGCAGGGUAGGUUUGUCAUCGAAUCCCAGUGAAUUGGACCCAAUCAGUCUGGCUGCCAUGAGCAAGGCAGGUCAGAGCCAUCAUGCUGAGGAAGUCAUACCGCCCCUUUCUGUGUCACAUCAGGACUCUAUUAUGGAAGGUCAAAGACUGUCUUCUAAGCAUAUGUCAACUUCCAGCAGUGAAUUCAGUGGUCAAAUUCCUAAUCGAACCACCUCUGGAAACCAUGGCACCUCUGUUCCCAGCCUUGCAGUUCAUGGUCCUGCUGCCGAGAUACCGAAUGUGCCUGCUGCGGUACCAACACUCCUGACUCGACAUUCUCUUAGCACAGCUCCCUUUGCCCGGCAGUAUCUGGGAACACUCCCUUCAGCUGGAAAUGUCACUUUGCCUCAGUGCCAUAUUGGCAGCACCGCUGGCUUGGGGUUUUCAGGAGGGUAUCCUUUUCCUGCUGUCUUAGGAGAGCAUGUUCAGAAUUCUGUUGCUGUGGGCAUUUGUCUAGGACCCAAUGUCAGCUCUGGAUUGAUGGGUACCUCUUCCUUUAGUAACCCAUAUUCUAAUGCCUUAAAUCAGAACCUGCCAAAUACAGCAAACCCUUUUCCCGUGCAGUCUUUUGGUACAAACUGUGGAACUGAACCAUGGGAUUCAGGAUUUGGGAAUGUGAGAGUGCCUGAGGAACUAAAGUUUCCACAUGCUUGCUGUGUUGGCAUUGCUUCACAAACCCACCUCAGUGUACUCAAUCCAAUUGACCGUUGGGUACAAGUCAGCAUUGGGGUGGUUAGUGUUAGCAUUAAUGGUGAAAAGGUGGAUCUUUCAACAUACCCUUGUUUAGUUUUCAAGAAUAAAGUCAUUAUAAGACCUCAUGCCACAGAAGACAUAAAAGUACUUUUUAUACCAUCUGGUCCUGGGAUCUUCAGAUGUAUAUUCAGUGUUGCCUCUUGGCCAUUUUCAGCAGAUGCUGAGACAAUAGUACAAGCAGAAGCUUUGGCAAGAAGAGUCAUUCUCACUGCUCUUGCUGAGACCCCUGUUAUUGAGGUAGAAACAGGAAAAAAGGAUGUUCUUGAUUUUGGUGACUUGACUUACGGAGGCUGGAAAGCUCUCCCACUAAAACUGAUAAACAGGACACAUGCCACUGUACCAAUCAGGCUGAGUAUUAAUGCUAAUGCCAUAGCCUGGCGCUGCUUCACAUUUUCCAAGGAGCCCGUCCAUGCUUCGUUGAAAGCUGCUCCUUAUGCUGAUGUGAUUGCUCAGCUGGCGGCCCCGUCUGUGGUCAGCCACGUGAUGUCUGCCAGUUAUGACGGACAGGAUCCAGAAUUUCUGAUCAUUUGGGUUCUUUUCCAUAGUCCAAAGAAACAAGUCUCUUCUUCAGAUAUUCUAGACUCAGCAGAAGAAUUCCUGGCGAGAGUUGAUGUAGAAGUUGACAGCCCCAGCCCUACACCAGUUCUCAGGAGUGUUGGUCUCCGAGCACGGGCAGGAACGGCGAGGAUACAUGCUCCAAGGGACUUGCAGACUGUACACUUACUAGCCAGUGUGGAUUCCUCGACAAAGCAGCACCUGCCUUUGAAAAACGCUGGGAAUAUCGAAGUUUAUUUAGAUAUCAAGGUUUCAGAACAAGGAAGUCACUUUUCAGUAGACCCAGAGAAUCUGUUUCUUCAACCUGGAGAAGAGCAUGAAGUUAUAAUUUCAUUUACUCCAAGGGAUCCGAAAGAUUGUGAGGAAAGGAUUUUGAAAAUUUUUGUGCAGCCAUUUGGACCUCAGUAUGAAGUAGUGUUAAAAGGUGAAGUAGUUUCUUCAGAAGAUAAGCCUCUGUCACCUGGAUCUUGCUGCUCGGACAUUCCACCAAUUUUGUCCAACAAGCAGUUUCUGGCUUGGGGAGGUGUCCCUCUUGGUAGAACACAGCUUCAGAAACUGGCUUUGAGAAAUAAUUCUACAUCCAUCACCCAACACUUACGACUGCUUAUUAGAGGACAAGAUCAAGACUGCUUUCAGCUUCAAAACACUUUUGGUUCAGAGGAGCGAUUGACCAGUAACUGUGAGAUCAGAAUCCGACCAAAAGAAGACAUUACCAUCUCUGUGUUAUUUGCUCCUACUCGGUUAUCUUGUAUGUUGGCUAAACUAGAAAUCAAACAACUUGGAAAUCGAUCACAACCCGGCAUUAAGUUUACAAUACCUUUGUCUGGAUAUGGAGGAACAAGUAAUCUUAUUUUAGAAAAUGUUAAAAAAUUAUCUGACAGUUAUAUGGUGACAGUGAAUGACUUAGUACCUGGCAAAGAAAGUAAAAUUGUUUUUUCUGUCCGCAACACUGGCUCUCGAGCAGCUUUUAUUAAAGCAGUAGGUUUUAAGGAUUCUCAAAAGAAAGUUUUGCUGGAUCCUAAAGUAUUGAGGAUUUUUCCAGAUAAGUUUGUACUCAAGGAAAGAACACAAGAAGAUGUGACUUUAAUAUAUAAUCCAUCAGAUAGAGAGAGCAAUUACAGAACUGCAACAGAACUGUCAACUAUAUAUUUCUUUGGUGGAGAUGAAAUUUCGAGACAACAAUAUCGAAGAGCACUGUCGCAUAAACCAGGGAUUGUAAAACAGAUACUUCCAGAACAUAGUGUUCUGCAAAACAUUAAUUUUGCUGAGGCAUUUCAAGAUGAGUUACUCGUAACUGAAGUAUAUGAUCUUCCCCAGUGGCCUAAUGAUGUUCAUCUCUUUUAUGGAAACAUGCGUAAAAUUAUACUUUCAGUAAUUGGAGAAUUCAGAGAUUCCAUUUCUAGCAGAGAAUUUCUUCAGCCUUCUUCCACAGCUCCUUUGGAAUCUAAAAGUGAGUUGGGAACUUCUGGAAAACACAGUGGCAAUAUCUCUUUGGAUGUGUUACCAGUUAGAGGUCCUCAAGGUUCUCCUCUUCUCUCACAAACUGCUCACCCACCUCAGGAUGCAUUAGCCUCAGACGAGAUGUGGAUGGUCCAACCCGAACACUUGAUUCUGGUGGCCCCUUCUCCAUGUGACAUGGCAAAAACCAGAUGUUUUCAGAUUGUAAAUAAUUCUGUUAGGUUACUGAAAUUUGAGCUGUACUGGCCAGCACAUUGCCUUACAGUCACGCCACAACAUGGAUUUAUUGCACCAGAGAGUAAACUACAAAUUCUUGUGAGCCCCAAUUCCUCCUUGUCCACAAAGCAAUCGAUGUUCCCAUGGAGUGGUUUGAUUUAUGUACAUUGUGACAAUGGACAGAAGAAAAUUGUGAAAGUCCAAAUUCGUGAAGAUUUAACUCAAAAAGAACUUUUAACUCAUUUGGCGUCUGGUCCAUUUGGAAUUCUUACCCCAGAAACAGAGACUGCAGUUAGUCACUUGGUAAAACCAAUGACAAAACCACCUCCCACAAAAGUUGAAAUAAGAAACAAGACUGUUAAUUUCCCCACAACAGAACCUGGUAAAACUUCAGAGAAUUGUCUGGAACUUGAGAAUCAUGGCACCACAACUGUGAAGUGGCACCUGUCCUCUUUAGCUCCACCUUAUGUCAAGGGAGUUGAUGACAGUGGAGAUAUUUUUAGAGCUACCUAUGCAGCAUUCAGAUGUUCUCCUAUUUCUGGCAUACUAGAAAGCCACGAAAUCCAAAAGGUCUCCAUCACAUUUUUGCCCAGAGAUAAAGGGAAUUAUGCCCAGUUCUGGGAUGUUGAAUGUCAUCCUCUUAAAGAGCCUCACAUGAAACACACAUUGAGAUUUCAGCUCUCUGGACAAAGUGUCAGAGCAGAAAAUGAGUCUGAGAGCACAUCUAUUUCCAUGGAUACUCUUGUUAAAAUAGAUAAUUUAGUUAAAUCCCGAAGACGAGCUGUGUCAGAGGCAUCUACCCUCAUACCUGGCAGGCAGCUUGAUUUGACCCAACGUGGAAUCUAUGCUCCAGUAGACGUAUAUAGGUUUCUGCCAACUAGAGUUGGGGAAUCCAGGACGUUAAAAGUCAAUUUGCGAAAUAAUUCUUUUAUUACACACUCGCUGAAGUUUUUAAGUCCCAGAGAGCCUUUCUAUGUCAAACAUUCCAAAUAUUCUUUGAGAGCCCAGCAUUACAUCAACAUGCCCGUGCAGUUCAAACCAAAAUCGGGGGGCAAGUUUGAAGCUUUGCUCGUUAUUCAAACAGAUGAAGGCAAGAGUGUUGCUAUUCGGCUAAUUGGUGAAGCUUUUGAAAAAGCUAACUAGGGUGCAUUUCGUGUAAAGUAAAUUACUUAAGUUAUAUUUUGGUAACUUCAUUUUUCUACACUACAAUUACGCUUUUGUAUAUUUUUUAUAUAAUGAAUUGGAUAUGUAUGACUGUAAAUUUCUUGUUUUGAGGAGCCAGCACUGAAGACCUAACUAAAUAUCAUGUAUCUACCCUAUAGUAUUUUACUUUUACAGGGGAACAGAAAGUUCUGUUUUUGAAUUAUGAUACUGUGAAUAAACAUGGUAUAUAUUUUAAUGUGGGUAUAGCCAAUAAUAUUUAAUUAUUAAAAACUAUUUCCACCAGA